AUGUGUACGAGGUUUAGCCUACAGAACGGUGAUCAAACCAAUUACCGAGCUAAAUCUAUAGCAUACUCUGUCGCGCUGGACGUGAUUGAACUGUUGAUGUUAUAUCAUUCGUGUGGCAUUGCGACAGAACGUGUUACCAUGUUAAUCACUGAUAACAGCGGAUUAUGGUACACUGUCGAUCGUUCCGGUUCAAGUUCCAAUAUACAUUGUAUCGUUAAGGGUGAUCCUCACUUCGAGACGUUUGACGGAUACAAGUACACCUAUAUGGGAUUCUGUUCUUACAAGGUUGUCGCGUGGUGUGGGGAGGGGGUAACUAGACCUAUGCCACUAAUUACAGUCACUACCAGAGAGACAAAUCCAAAAAAGGUUGGACAUACCCAGGUGAUAAGUUUAAUAUUACGUCGCUUUGGUACUCGUCAUUUUACUGAGGUCAUUCCGGAUGAUUGCUCAUUCAAGUUGAAUGGUCGGGAAUGGACGACAUUUCCUUAUAUUUGGCCGGCACAUGGAAGCGUACACAAAGAAGGAAACAUAUUUACUAUAGAAUCAUACGGUCAGUACAAAGUCGUAUUCGAUUGCAAGAUACACAUGGUGGAUAUCAUCUUAACGCACCCGGAUGCUAUCGGUAAUCUGUGUGGGAUGUGUGGCAACUAUAAUGGAAAUGAUACGGAGACAGACGAACUCCAAGGUUAUGAAUCCAUUGACGCUUUGGCGACGGCGUUCAAAGCACCUGAUCCAGAUCCAGGAUGCCGCUGAUGAGAUAUAGGAUAAAAAAUGUGAUAGAUGAUAAUGAAGACAACGAAUGAAAUAUAUACACUAUUUUACAUGGCAUUAACCCUACUGACACUACUAUUACUUAACAAUGUUCCAAUUAAUACUAACUACCCAACUGAUGUGUAUUAUUUGUAGUUAAUCGGAAAUAUUGCAUGAAUAGAUAAAAUGUAUCUCCACAUCGGAAUAAUUAUUGUCAUCAGUAAACUAAAUGAUGUACAUAUCUGUUAGUAAAUAAAUAAAUACAG